AAGCGUUUGCUGUCAGUUUGGGGUCAGAAGCAAACAUUCGAAGCCUGAACAUGAACGUGAUCUGGACCCUAGCUGUAGCUGUUUGUUUGAAAGUUGUGAGUUUUGCUGUUUCUGGUUGGGCACAGGAUUCAUCCGGUGCUACGUUGUAUCUGAUCUCAGGUCCAGAGGUGGUGCACACUGGCGCGCCGACUCCUCUGGCCGUCACCGUGUUCGCAGACUUCCCGGGCACGGUGACAGCUGAAUUGGGACAUGGCAGCACCAAAGUAUCGCUGACCGAAGACUUCCAAGAAGGUUUGACGAGUGUCCUCACGCUUCCUCCUAUUCCUGACUCCUUAACCCAGAAUUCCCUCUUAAACCUGACGGUGCGGGGCUACAAAGGAAACAGUGUCAUUUUCACCAACACCACCACCCUAUCCUUCAGUCCCAGGAAUGUGUCCACCUUCAUCCGAACGGACAGGUCACGAUACCAUCCAGGGGACACAGUCAAAGUCAGAGCCAUGUGUGUUCAGCUGGAUAACCAUCCAUACAAGGACAGAGUGGAUCUCUCUGUACGGGAUCCCAGUGGGAAUAUCGUUGACAGGUGGGAGUCCACAGCCAAUCUGGGAAUUGUGUUGCAAGAAUUCCCUUUGUCCCACACGGCUCCUCUUGGACGUUGGGUGAUGGCAGCCACAGUGAAUGGUGUGACUGACGAGAAGCAGUUUGUUGUGGAGCGUUACGAGCGCCCACGCUUUGACGUUCUGAUCAAGACGCCGUCACACGUCCUUGCUGGAGAUGACGUCUCAGGAUCAGUGAGAGCACUGUACCGCGGUGGACGACCCUUACGUGGAACAUUAGUUGUUUCUCUGGAGUCUGCAAUGAGCAACACGACCUGUGCUAUGCAAACUAAAGAGUUCUACGGAUCCACACAGUUUUUCUUCAGCAGUGACCAACUCCAGGCUCUGCGUACUUCAUCAGUUAGCAGUGACGGUCGUACCACUGUGCACGUUACUGUGUCUGUUAAUGACAGCACCACAGGGUUUAAAGUGAACAAAACCGUGAAAGUCCACCUGAUGCAGAAUACAUUCCAGCUCACAUUCCACGAUUUUCCACCCACACUAAAGCCGUCAUUACACUUCUAUACAAACCUCAGGAUCUCAAGAUACGACAGAAAGCCGCUCAGCUCAGUGGAUCUAAAGCACUCUGCUGUGGUUCGAAUCAGUCAGAUAACGUCUGUGAAAAAGGCAGAACCCACAGCUCUGAUACUUCCUGUGUCUGAGGACGGGGUCGUCCGCAUCAGGUUUAAAUUACAGGCUCAAGUUGUGAUGCUCUUUAUUCAGGCCGGAUUUCAGUCCAGUGAGGAGACUCUGAAGAUUUCCAACAACUUCUCCUCUCCAAGUGAUUCAUAUAUUCAGAUCGCCCCUGGCAACACAUCUGCACAGAUUGGAUUGUCUUUGCAGAUAAAUGUAGAGAGCACCUUUAACCUAACGAAGCUUCACUUUGUGGUGAGCUCUAAAGGUCAAGUGGUAGCUGCUGGGACCCAAAACUCCUCGUCCUUCUCUCUGACCCCAGCGCUGUCCUGGGCCCCCGCGGCCUGUGUCACCGUUUACUGCAUCCUGUCUGACGGCGAGAUUAUCAGCGACACGGCACAAAUAUCCAUCAGUCAAGACAGCUAUGUGUCAUUAAACUGGAGCAGUGAAAGGGCCCAGCCAGGUGAGCAGGUAUCGCUGACUGUGACCGGUCUUGAAUCCAGGUCUCAGCUGGCAGUCACAGUAAUGGGGACACAGGAUGACGCCCUGCAGCCUGAUGUGAACUUUAAAGAGGAAGGGGACUGUGAUCUUAACAUCCUGACCAAUACGAGAUUAUACAGGAAAAACCAGCCUGGACCUAAAAAUGAAGGACAUGCCUUAGAGGUGCACGAGUACUGGCACCACUGGAUGGACGGUGCUGAAGCUCUGCUGUGGUUAGACACUAAUGUUAGCGACAGGACUUGGACAAGUGAGAUAAUACUCGUUCCAGAUGGCAUUACUUCUAUGGGAGCUUUGGCACUGGUGAUGUCAGAGAACCUGGGCUUGGGCUUCACUCUUGUGCCACAAAAGCUGACUGUCUCCAAAGAUUUUUCCUUGUCUUUGGGCGUCCCAUCACUCCUCAUCAGAGGAGAGCAGAUUGUGUUGGAAGUGAAGAUCAUCAACCACUUGGAGCAGGAGAUGGAUGUCAUCGUGCUGCUAGCACAGAGCAAGUCCUUUGAGUUUGUUCUGACACACCGAAAGGAUGCGUCUGUUAUCAGUGCUCAGAAAGUCACCGUAGAGAGUCAGGCCUCUGCUUCAGCUCUGUUCCCUGUGAGGCCUUUGGCUCUGGGUGAGGUGGAGAUAUCUGUGGAUGCCGUGUCUGCAGAGGCCUCAGACAGUCUUGUUUGCAGAGUGAUGGUGAAGCCCGAGGGAGUUGAACAGUACUUCUCUCAGACGCUGUUCCUGGAGAUGGAACCGGAGAAACAGAACAAAUCCACAGCCCUCUCCUUCUCCUUCCCCCCAAAUGUGGUGCCCGGCAGUCAGAGGGCCCGUGUGGUACUGGUUGGCGACAUCCUGGCUUUGUCCAUCAACAACUUGGAUUCACUGGUUCAGCUGCCGCUUGGAUGUGGGGAACAGAACAUGAUCCACUUUGCUCCAAGUGUAUAUGUUAUUCAGUACCUGGACACUUCAAACCAGGAUGAUCAAGAGCUCAGGAGCAAGGCUCUAGCUUACAUGAUGGAAGGUUAUCAGAGACAGUUGUCCUACCAGAGAGAAGACGGUUCCUUCAGUGCUUUUGGAAACAGCGACACCUCUGGCAGCACAUGGCUGACAGCCUUUGUGCUGCGCUGCUUCCUCCAGGCUCAGCGCUACAUGAAGAUAGACCAGAACGUCCUGGACAGGGCCGUGUCUUGGCUCUUAAAACGCCAGGGGCCCCAAGGGGAGUUCAGUGAGGUGGGCAGAUUGAUCCACACCGAGAUGCAGGGAGGGCUGGAUAAGGGCCCGGUGGCGCUGACGGCUUAUGUCCUUAUCGCACUUUUGCAGGACGAAAACUACACAGAGAUACACAAAGACAGUGUGUCUCUGGCCAGAAAGUACCUGGAGGACAAAGUGUCCAGUGGCGUGAUCAGUAACUACAGCCUGUGUCUGACAGCUUACGCUUUAGCUUUGGUCAGCAGUCCCGUCUCUUUCACCGCACUGACUCAGCUCAGCAAGAGAGCGGACUACAUGGAUGGAGUGAUGAUGUGGAGCUCGUCUGCAGGCCUGAGGCCACAUAACCAGAAGCUGCCCUCAGCACAGAUCGAGAUGGCCUCGUAUGUGCUGCUAGCUCACAUCAACCGUGGCUCUCUCUUUGAUGGCAUUACACAAAUGAAGUGGUUAAGCACGCAGAGAAACCAUCUAGGAGGCUACGGAACAACACAGGACACAGUAGUAGCUCUCCAGGCUCUGGCUUCCUACGCAGCGUUCAGCGGUGCCAGUGCCAUCAACCUCAUGGUCAAUGUGUCUUCUCCAGAAUCUUCAUCACUGUUUCAAAUCAACUCCACCAACUAUCGAACAUAUCAAAGCCAAGAGAUUCCUGCUGAAAACGAUCUGCAUCUACAAAUAUACAUGGAAGGCAGAGGCUUUGCCACAUUUCAGCUGAACGUCUUUUACCACUUGGAGAGGGAAACUUUUUCAGAGAACCAACAGCAAGCCGCGGACGAGGAAGCUUUCUCAUUACGCAUCGAUGCUGCUGAUGGCGGCGACUGCAAUCACAUGAUGUUGUCUGUAUGCACAAGAUUAAAAGACAGUCAGCUGAUACCUCACACAGGUAUGGUUAUAUUGGAUGUAGCCCUGCUCAGCGGAUUCACGCUCUCUCCUGAGGCUGCUGUCCAAUCAGCUGUUAUCAGGAAGGUGGAGACGGCACCUGAGAAAGUCAUCCUGUACCUGGAUUCACUCAACAAGUCUGAGGUUUGUAUCAACCUUCCCCUCGUCAGAAACUACAAAGUGGCCCGCGUGCACGACGCUGUGGUGCACGUUUACGACUACUAUGAGCCAACGAGAAAUGCGAUGAGCACGUACAAUUCACGAGUUCUGCCCGGCGUGGACGCCUGCUUCUUCUGUGGUGCAAACUGUGAUCUCUGCAGGCCUGGAAUCACCAUCGCCAUGUCCGCUCAGUCGAUGGCUGCCUACAGCUUCAGCUGCCUGUUUCUCGGACUCACUGUUUUUCUAUUUUUAGUCAGUUAGCUGGAUGCACACGUUCAUAUGCACUGGAUAUAUAUGUGUCUUUCAUACAAAACUCAUUUUGGCCUUGUUCUACUCAGUGGACUCUGCUUUUGUUUAGUGCUCUGUGCUCUCUGCUGUUAACAAUGUCUUCUUUUUUGUAAAGAUGCGAAUAUGAAAUUACUGGUUGUGGAAACGUGUUACAUUUCUUUUUAUCUAACACAUCUAAAACAGACACAUUUCCAUUUAAAGCUUCUUUAAAGCUACUAUGAAAAUGAACCAUUAAAUGAGCGAAUGCUGUAGCCGAUAGUCGCAAACAGAAAAAUAAAGGUGAAGUUUUUCCCUCA